AUCGUGCAGCCCGCUCUGGGGGUGGAGUCGGGAUUUGGACCAAGCAGUGAGUCCAGAGCCCGCAAGGUCAGCGACGCGGCUCUGCCUCUUUCUCCGAGCCGCCGCGGGAGGGGGUCGGGGCGCCCCCUCGGACGCGCGACAGGAACCCGGUUAGCGCCAAGAGCCGCGACCCUCACCGCUGCCGGGCCCCGGCGCCUCCGCGCAGCCGCCCAGGGCGGGCGUCCCGGCAUACCCGCCCCACACCGGGCCAGCGCGCAGACGUUCCGCUGCGCCCUGCGCAGCCGGAAGUAGCCGGGCCCUAAGCUGGAGGGGCGACCCGGCGGAGCGGAAGUCACUCCGUGAGGCAGUGGCGACGGCGGCUGUGAGAGGAUGAACAACAAGUUCGACGCAUUGAAAGAUGAUGACAGUGGGGACCAUGAUCAGAAUGAAGAAAACAGCACACAGAAAGAUGGUGAGAAGGAAAAAAUGGAACGAGACAAGAGUCAGGGCAGCAGUAAGAGGAAGGCUGUUGUUCCUGGACCAGCAGAACAUCCCCUGCAGUACAACUACACCUUCUGGUACUCCAGGAGAACCCCUGGCCGUCCCACCAGCUCACAGAGCUAUGAACAGAAUAUCAAACAGAUUGGCACCUUUGCCUCUGUGGAGCAGUUCUGGAGGUUUUAUAGCCACAUGGUACGUCCCGGGGACCUGACAGGCCACAGUGACUUCCAUCUCUUCAAAGAAGGAAUUAAACCCAUGUGGGAGGAUGAUGCAAAUAAAAAUGGUGGCAAAUGGAUUAUUCGGCUGCGGAAGGGCUUGGCAUCCCGUUGCUGGGAGAAUCUUAUCCUGGCCAUGUUGGGGGAACAGUUCAUGGUUGGGGAGGAGAUCUGUGGGGCUGUGGUCUCUGUCCGGUUUCAGGAGGACAUUAUUUCAAUAUGGAAUAAGACUGCCAGUGACCAAGCAACCACAGCCCGAAUCCGGGAUACGCUUCGGCGAGUGCUUAACCUACCUCCCAACACCAUUAUGGAGUACAAAACCCACACCGACAGCAUCAAGGCCUGGGAGGAGUUUCAUGGCCUGGUGAACAGCAGCGGCCGCUGAUCGGACGCUCCCCUCUGUCUCUCACACUCAGGGGACAAUUCAAGCUUUCGAAAUACAAAAAUCACAUUGUGAAAGUACACAAGCUGGCAAUAAUCCUUUUCUGUAUGUGUAUGUUUGUCCGAAAUGGAUGGGAGGUCUCCAGCUGGUCCUUCCAUCUGCUCACUGAAGGGACGUCCCUGAGCCGUGCGCUCCCCUUUUGCACUCAUUCCUGGAGGACGGAUUCCGCUAGACACCCUCCAGCAUCGCUGACUUUAUAAAGCGGAAAACAGAAAACGUGACUUUGUAAUAGACAAACUUUUUUUUAAAUGGGGUUCUGUGGGUGGGGGGGGAGUUCAGCCUUUCGUUUUGCUGUGUGCUGUCCAGAUGCCUGUCGGGCGUUCUGUUUUGUUCUUCUCUGCUGUACGAAGGGCAUCGUGACCACGUGUACAAGCCAGAGCUGUCAACUGAGAGUUAUCAGUAUUAUGAAUGUCUGUGCAUCCAGGAAAAGCUUUUUGUUGGAGAGUCCCGGAAUAGCUAUAAAUGCUCUCUUCUAGCUCUGCCAUUAAAUUAUUGGGACCUUUUGUUUAUUUCUCUCCCCUCUUCCCCCAAGCCCACCAUUUUUCUGAAAAUGUGUUACUGAUUUUGUAUAGUCUCCUGCCUUAUGCCCUCCAGUCCUCCCUCCUGUGGGACUCUUUCUUCUUAGGCACUGCUGCACUUAGAAUUUUAAUCCAGUGGGCCACACUGGUUUCACUGAGGCGGCUCAGAAGGUAUGCCUUGGUAAAUUAAACUGGAGCAGAAUCCAGUGCGAUUAGGAGCUAGGUUAUAAUAGCAGUUCCAAGUGCAGGAUUUGGAGCUGAGGGCAAUGUCUGAAACCAGACAAGCAGGGCCUGUGUGGUUCUUGCGUGACCCUCGUUGAGGAAGGGAAGCAAAAGCUUGAUUGUCACCCAGUAUUAAUACUUAAUGUGGUAAAUUCUAUGAUCCUGAAACUGGGGCAUCUGAUGAAAAGGUGAUCGUGACGGGUGGCUUUCUUUGCAUGGCUGUGCCUGUCUGCAGUGGUUGAGGAAACCUGCUUUCAGUCCUUAUCACCUGGUAGAUAUGGUAGUAAACCUGUGCUGAUCUAAUACCUGGACAGAAACCUCUUGUAGGCCACUGCAAACAUGCUGGAAAUGACCGGUCAUGCAUCAGAGAAGCCGGGUGACCUGACUCCAGAGAAGCUGAAGUCAGAGAGGUCAAAAGAGCACCUAGGAUUGAAAUAAGUGCUGAGUACGAGUCCUACAGCAACCUCCAAGGAGCACUGUCUUACUUGGCUCUUGUGAGCAGAGAUCGCAGUACCUUAAAUUAAGGCCUCUCCUAAAACCUAUCUUCGCAGGCCAGGGCCUUAGCCACCUGGUCUCAGAGAAAUCAUAUGAGAGUAACAGGCAUUUCCUUGUUGUAUUUAUAUUACUCUCUUCCUACUUUCCAACUCCUGAACACCUUCUAAUUACCACUGUCUUGGGAUGCUUUUUCCCCAAAAGAACAGGAGUACAGGAGCCAAAAGGGAGGUGCUUCCAUUAUAGGUGAAGUUAGAUCGGAGGAGAAGAUCUAGCAGUGAUUUAAACUCCAGGGGUAUGAAGAAUGAAUUGUAGUGCCCAGACAAUAGUGAAGGGCUCAGGCAAAUAUAGGAGCAACAUUGGCUAAAAUGGGGAGCAAAGGCUGCCUCGUGAGUAUUUGUCUAGACCCCGGGAAGGGCUUCACUUUUGCCUACACUCAAGAUUUGCCAUGAGAAUUCCAAAGAGAGCAGAUGUUUGGAUUUGCCCUCCUUGGGGCAUCUGCCUGACUAUUACGUGUGUGCGAGCGGGUGCGUGUGUGUAUAAUGUGUUCAAGAGGGAGGGUUCUGUCAGGCUGAGUGCUUAGGUGUAUUGUCCAUAUUCAUAUUUUCACGCUUUUUUGGUCUCAUUCAGAUUUUUUAAUCUCCUGUGUUUUCUAGAGCUGCUCAUGUUUCUCUUCCUCCUUGUCAUUGCAGUAUUUGAAAGUUUUUUUUUUACCAUCUAGAGAUGCUGACCCAGUGCUGGUUAGAGCGAGAGUUAUUUCUCUUAGGCAGUGUCUCACCCCCAGAACUCUCCCAGAUACUCCUCCGCCCAGCAGCUUUAAGUGGGAGGUUGAAGUGGCAGUUUAGUCAAACCGCCCAUUUUCCAAACUAGCUUGAGAGGUCCUUUCAUUUCUUUUUGACUCCCUGGGCCUCUGCUACGCCGCAGUGUGGCAUAGCAGUGGCAAUGGUAUCACCUGCUCUGGGGACAAAGGGGUGAAAGGUACAUCCAGGCCAACCUCACAAACAUGGAGGUUGCUGCCAGGAGACGGGGAGUCACCUUCCACUUUGCACAGGCGGGCUGUUUCCCCAUGACCCUUCUGCUGGGUUUUCCACUUGAAAUUGGCCCCUCCCCCUCUCCAGUGCUCUUCUCAUUUUGUCUUCUAUUCGUGUGUGGGUUUUUUUCCUGUGACCUUGGCAGUGGCAAUAAUUUUCCACCUCGAGAGAAGCUUGUGGUCCACGAUGCUCCAAGAAUGAACUUCCAAGAAUUUGCCAGUGGAGGAGCAGAGGCUGUGACAAAGUGAUUUAGUGUUGCACUUUCAGAGGAAUUGUCUACUGCAGUAAUAAAUGGAAAAUAUCCGCAAGAA